AUGUCGCGGAUCCCCAAGUUCGGGUGUAUUUGUGCGAAUUCCAACUACCUCGCUUGUAUUUCUGCUCUUCUCGAUGGAACACGCACUCAUGUUCUCGGAUACUGGGUCUAUCGAGUUGGCCAAAACUGGUUAGCAGUGGAUACUACAUCAGACAACCCAGAUACAACCAACACAUCCUAUUGUGCUCGAAAGUUAACGAAUGCCUUCAAAUCUAUUGAACUCAUCAUCGCCUUAGGUGAAGGCGCCGGGGCGCCAUGUGACACCUGCGACGUUCGUCUUGGAGAUGUGGUCAUUGCUUCCACUGUUAUUCCUCUAAAUUUCGACUUUGAAUUCCCCAGACAGUCCGAUAUUCAGCUAGUCACCCUCCUGCGAUCGUCGACCACUGUCAAUGAGAUAUCCAGUCUCCUUCAGCGCAUGGCUCUGACAUAUCCUCGGAUGAAAGAGGUGUACUCGUUCCCCGGUUUCCAACACGACCACUUGAUUCGAGAAGGUGCAGAAGUGGAGCGGACGGUUCGUCAACACCCUGAACAUCCCGUCGUCCACUUCGGCUCCAUAGCAUAUGCUCGAGCCGGCAAAGUUGGUGCGAAGCAACGGGAUAAACUAGGAAGAGAUCUAGAUGUGAUUUGUUUUGGAACCCAGGCGAUUCAGAGCGUGAAUACUUCAUGGCUACUCAUACAAGGGAUUUCAAACUACGCCGACCAUGUGAAUGGCGAAGGAUGGGCCCGAUAUGCUUCCGCAACUCCUGCCGCUUAUGUGGUACAUCUUUUACGCGGGCUCGCUGAUGAGUGGCAAGAGAGUCUCCGGAGCACUCUACGACGAAGGUUCGGCGUUGUUGGGGCUGCCACUUCCGCCCUACGAGGUCCUCUUCCUGUACGAUGUAGAGCUCCUCAGAGUGCGUCGGAGACUACAAGUGAAUACUUCGUGUUUGUCCCGACGCCCGAUGCUUCAGAGUCAGACUUUCACGAGCUGAUUUUAGGGUCAGAAGAACAGCUUUCCACUCAAGACGACGAAUUGUUGGGAGACGGAGACCUGGAGACUUGCUGA